AUGACAACCACACAAAUUCCACGAGUUCUUUGGGCACAACGUUCAAAUGAAGACGAUGCUUCUAAGAAUGUUUUAUAUCUCACGGUAGAAAUGCUUGAUUAUACAGACACCAAAAUAGAUUUAAAACCAACGUAUUUAAAAGUAGAAGCCAAUUCUCCAGAUAAAACAAUCCAUUAUGAUUUAAACAUAGAUUUCUUUGAUGAAGUAGAUCCAGAACACUCUCAUGUUAAUACCGAAAAUGGAUCUCAUAUCUUUAUGGUUAUUAGAAAGAAAACUAUUAAAGAAGAAUAUUGGCCAAGAUUAACUAAAGAAAAGUUGAAAUAUCAUUUUAUUCACACCGAUUUCGAUAAAUGGGUUGAUGAAGAUGAACAAAAUGAAGCCGCUAAAGUCGAUGAUGAAUUAGGUAAUAUGAUGAACAUGGGCGGCGGUGGUGCUGGUGGACUCGAUUUUUCACAAUUAAUGGCAGGUGCAGGUGGUGCUGGCGGUCUUGGUGGAGCAGGUGGUCAAAACUUUGAUAUUAGUUCAUUGGCAAGUCAAUUGGGUCAAGCUUCUGAAGGGGCUCACGAAGGCGAAGACAACGAGGAUGAUGGUGAAGAAGAAGUGGAGAAUGCCAAAGCCGACCAAUAA